AUGGCGGUUGGCUUGCUACUCGUCCUUCUGACCAGCUUCCCCGAAGCGGGCGCACAAAGCAGCGCUUCGCCACUGCAGACUGCAGCCAAAGCAGCUGGCUGUGGCCAGGCAGAGCCCGAGUGCGUGCUUCAGAGGCUCUUCGCCCCCAGCGAGCAGCAGGCCGCUGCGGAUGCCAACCUCAGUCGCCUCCCGAGCGCACCACCAGCACCGAUGAGAGGGGUCUUCGAGAGCUUGCUGCAAACAGGUGCAGCCCUCGCGGAGGUGCCACUGGCCAAAGGGGACCAGGUUGGCAUCCUAGGCAGCGGCGCAGGGCGCCUUCCGUUGUUCACUGCCUUGCUGGGCCUUGCACCACGCAUCAUCGCCUGGGAGAAGGAUCCAGAGCCCUGCGCUCGAGGGAUGUUGGCUCUUCGACGGCUCAGGGACCACCUCAACAACUUUGGCGAUGACUUGGUCGAUCUCGAGCAAGGCUGCGCUGAUCGGGCUGCCAAAGGCGAAUGUGCCAAAAGCCCCAGCUAUAUGGCUGCCAAUUGCACCAGGUCUUGCUACAACAGGACUGACUCUUCCUUCCUGCGCUGGCACAACCUGGAGGUGCAGCUGCAGCAGGGCGCCUGGAGUACCGCCAAUUUGUCGGAGGUGACCUUGGCCAUCCUCGAGAGGAUCGAUGAGCGUGAGGUCGCGGCCGUCACCAACAAACUGGAGGCAGAGCUUACACCUGGUGCUGUUGUUUGGAGCUUGGAUCCUUUGCCAUUACAAGGCGCCAAAGUUCAAGAGCCUGAUGCCGAUGGGAAGCCCCAAGCAGUCCCCGCGGGGGGCCUAGUGCUUCUUCGGCGCUUGCAUCUCAACAUCAGCUGGUCACCGGAUGUGCCAUGCCACAUCUACAUCCGGGUGCCGCGGCCUCCGAAACCGCUGGUGCCCACCUGGCCUCUCACCUUGACAGAGGCGAAUCGCUUGCAGGAGGCGGCCAAAGAAGAGCUGGUACAUCUAGGCGCCUUGCGCCUCACCGGCGCCGUGCUCUCCGAGACCCGAUUCGCCACAGCCGUGGCGAACGCCUGGCCCGUCGCGCCGGGCGCCGCACGGCGCCUGGCCCGGGCCUUUGGGGCACCGGCCGCCGCGCUGGGCGCGCAGCCAGACUGGUGCCGCUGCCGGCCCAGGAAGCAUGACAGCGGUCAUGAAGUGGGAGCUCUGAAUCUUCUCGGCAUGUUCUUGCUGGCGGUUCACUCACCCCAUGACUGCGUUGUGCGUCCAUGCACUGCAUCAGAUGCAUUGCUUGCCUUGGCCACCUCUGAGUUGAGGAAGCAGUUGUUGACGGGGCAUGAGGAAAGUCCUGAUGUGCCACCUCAAGUGCUACGAGACCUGGGCUGUUUGCGUUUCUCUGAUCAGCGGACCUUGCUCCAUGCCGCGCUGGGGCGCAAGGACCUGCAACUGGCACGCGCCGCGUUGCGCAGUCAGGGCGCUGGGGGCCUCUUUUGUCGCGACGCCCUGGGGCGGACGGUGCUGCACCACGCGGCCUUAGGGAAGCCUCAGAGCCGUGAGGGCAACAACACCGGCGCGCUGCAGCGGCGAGUGAAUGCCAGUGAGGCUGUGAGCUGGGUGCUCGCACAGAUGCAAAGCAACGCUCUAGAGAUGGUGCAGGAGGUGGACCACAUGGGCAGACCUGCCCUUUCAACUGCUGAAGACCUGCCUACCUUCCAGCGCCUCGCGGCCGUCACCGGCGGGGCCGACCGCGCGGGCCGUGGCCCACUGUGGCACGCCACGGCGGUGCAGCGGUGGGACAUCAUGGAAGAACUCCUUUGCGAUGACCGGCCUGGGGAGAAGUACAAGGCUGACAUCUCUGAGGCAGAGAUCGCUCGCUCACUACUGUUGGCGACUCAACAGGUCCUACGACCUCCCUGCAAGCAGAAGGCUUCUGCUGAAGCGAAGGCAUCUUUGGAGCUGAUGGCCAGAUGUACAGGACACAAUCUCUCCAGCUUCAACGGCACGGAGGACUUUGCUCAAAAGCUCAGCCAGAAAUUGAAGUCAAGGUGA